GGCAGCGACUCUCUGUGACAAUGCAAAUUCAAUGGUGUAACAGUUUUUGUGGAAAGGAGACAUGAAGUUUUUCCUAUUUAAGGCUCGGCUUAUCACAGUGUGUACAGAAAUCACACUCUCGGUAUAUGGUUGCUACGGAUGGCUCCUGCUUGCCAGAGCUGCACAAAGAUAAUCGCUCAGGAAGUGUUUCAGCCAAUCCCCUGAAGCUUUACAUUCAGAUUUACCGGAGUAGCCAAUCCGGGAUUAGCUUUUAUUAGGAAGACAGAUCAUCAAGCUGAAGUGCCAAGCCCUUUCUGCCUGAGUACUGAGAGCCUGUCCUCCAUGUUUUAUAAGUAUUGACAUAACACUGUGUUAACAAUGCAUCCACAGAGCUUGGCUGAAGAGGAAAUAAAGGCAGAGCAGGAGGUGGUGGAGGGGAUGGAUAUCUCCACUCGAUCCAAAGAAUUCUUCAUCGAUUUCCCUCACGACCAUUUAACGUACAUGCAUUCAGAGCUUUUGAGGAGGAGGAAAGAAGAGAGAAGUGACCCUCUAGAUGGAAAUCCUGGCUCUGCCGAACGCACAGCACAAAAAAGGAAAUUUCCCAGCCCUCCACAUUCCUCUAAUGGUCACUCACCACAAGAUGCAUCAACAAGUCCUAUAAAAAAGAAAAAGAAACCUGGUCUAUUGAACAGUAAUAAUAAAGAGCAGUCAGAACUAAGACAUGGUCCGUUUUACUAUAUGAAGCAGCCACUCACCACAGACCCUGUUGAUGUUGUACCACAGGAUGGACGGAAUGAUUUCUAUUGCUGGGUUUGUCAUCGGGAAGGCCAAGUCCUCUGCUGUGAACUCUGUCCUCGGGUUUAUCAUGCUAAGUGUCUGAAACUGACAGCGGAACCAGAGGGGGAUUGGUUUUGCCCAGAAUGUGAGAAAAUCACAGUCGCAGAAUGCAUAGAAACACAGAGUAAAGCUAUGACAAUGCUCACCAUUGAACAGCUAUCAUAUUUACUGAAGUUUGCACUACAGAAAAUGAAACAGCCAGGGACAGAGCCAUUUCAAAAGCCAGUUUCACUGGAUCAACACCCAGAUUAUGCAGAAUAUAUCUUUCAUCCAAUGGACCUUUGUACAUUAGAGAAGAAUGUUAAAAAGAAAAUGUACGGUUGCACUGAAGCAUUUUUGGCUGAUGCCAAAUGGAUUUUGCACAACUGCAUUAUUUACAAUGGGGGAAAUCACAAAUUGACACAAACAGCAAAAGUCAUCAUCAAAAUCUGUGAGCAUGAGAUGAAUGAAAUUGAAGUAUGUCCGGAAUGUUAUUUAGCUGCUUGCCAAAAACGAGAUAAUUGGUUUUGUGAGCCUUGUAGCAAUCCCCACCCUUUGGUCUGGGCUAAACUCAAGGGCUUUCCAUUCUGGCCUGCUAAAGCACUGAGGGAUAAAGAUGGGCAAGUUGAUGCCCGUUUCUUUGGCCAACACGACAGGGCCUGGGUUCCAAUAAAUAAUUGCUACCUCAUGUCUAAAGAAAUUCCUUUUUCUGUGAAAAAGACUAAAAGCAUCUUCAAUAGUGCAAUGCAAGAAAUGGAGGUUUAUGUUGAUAACAUUCGUAGAAAAUUUGGAGUAUUUAAUUACGCACCUUUCCGGACACCAUAUACUCCCAACAAUCAAUACCAAAUGUUAUUAGACCCUGCAAACCCAACUGCUGGAACUGCAAAGACAGACAAACAAGAGAAAAUCAAACUGAACUUUGAUAUGACGGCAUCGCCCAAGAUUCUAAUGAGCAAGUCUAUGCUGAGCAGCAGCACUGGUCGUAGGAUUUCAUUGACAGAUAUGCCACGCUCACCAAUGAGUACCAACUCAUCAGUUCACACUGGAUCUGAUGUUGAACAGGACGCGGAGAAAAAAGCCACUUCCAGUCAUUUUAGUGCCAGUGAGGAAUCCAUGGACUUUAUUGAGAAAAAUACAGCUUCUCCAGCACCAACAAGAACGGGUCAAGCAGGGAGUUUGUCAGGCAGCCCCAAACCUUUCUCUCCUCAAGCAUCAACGCCAAUUUCUGCUAAGCAAGAGAGAACUUCCACUCCAGGAAGCAUUCUGAAUCUUAAUCUUGAUCGUAGUAAAGCUGAGAUGGAUCUGAAGGAGCUGAGUGAGUCAGUCCAACAGCAGAGCACUCCCGUGCAACUCAUUUCACCAAAACGACAGAUACGUAGUAGGUUCCAGCUUAAUCUCGACAAGACAAUAGAGAGUUGCAAAGCACAACUUGGAAUAAAUGAAAUAUCUGAAGCUGUUUAUACUGCAGUAGAACACAGUGACUCUGAAGAUUCUGAAAAAUCCGACACCAGUGACAGUGAAUAUAGUGAUGAGGAUCAGAAAUCAAAGAAUGACCAAGAAGAUGGAGAGGACAAGGAAGGUACAAGAAGUGACAAAGAAUCAUUGAGCUUGAAAAAAAAACCUAAGCCUCCAGCACAGAGUGAAGACAAGGAGGAACUUAAAAGCACAAGUCCAGAAGUGGAGAAAACAGAUGAUCCAGUCAAAGAAAAGGCAAUUACAGACACUGAAAAAGAAUUUUCUGAAAAGGGAAAAAGUUUACAGCAUCCUGCAAAAGAAAAACUGAAAGGUAAAGAUGAAACAGACUCUCCAACUGUGCACCUAGGACUGGACUCUGAUUCUGAGAGUGAACUUGUCAUCGAUCUAGGAGAUGAUCAUUGUGGCCGUGAAGGAAGGAAAUCCAAGAAGGAAUCUAAAGAACCUCCUCCUAAACAUGACGUUUUAGGUAAAACUCCACCUUCCUCCAGUUCAAGCACCCAGCCUCUACCAGAAACUCCAGUCCUUACCCGCUCUGCAUCUCAGACUCCCCCAGCUGGUGUCACAGCCACGACUAGUGCUUCUUCUACUGUUAGUGCUCCGUCUGCCGCCACUGGGAGCCCUGUCAAAAAGCAGAGGCCUCUGCUGCCCAAGGAAACUGCCCCCGCUGUGCAGCGCGUAGUGUGGAAUUCUUCAAAUAAAUUUCAGACAUCUUCUCAGAAAUGGCACAUGCAGAAGGUGCAGAGGCAGCAGCAACAGCAGCAGAGCCAGCAGUCUCAGUCACAGCAGCCUCAGUCCUCUCAAGGGACAAGAUAUCAGACAAGACAAGCAGUUAAAGCUGUGCAGCAAAAAGAGAUCACCCAGAGCACUUCCACAUCCACUAUAACCUUGGUUACAAGUACUCAGCCAAUUUCUAUGGUUACCAGCUCUGGAUCUGCGAGUACACUUUCUUCCUCACUUAAUACAGACUUGCCCAUUGCAACUGCUUCAGCUGAUGUGGCUGCAGAUAUUGCUAAGUACACUAGCAAAAUGAUGGAUGCCAUCAAAGGAACAAUGACUGAAAUAUAUAAUGAUCUUUCAAAAAAUACUACUGGCAGUACAAUAGCUGAGAUUCGGCGUUUGAGGAUCGAGAUAGAAAAACUUCAAUGGCUACAUCAGCAGGAACUCUCAGAAAUGAAGCAUAAUCUAGAACUGACGAUGGCUGAAAUGCGUCAGAGUCUGGAACAGGAACGAGACCGGUUGAUCGCCGAGGUGAAGAAGCAGCUGGAAUUGGAAAAGCAGCAAGCAGUGGAUGAAACUAAAAAGAAGCAGUGGUGUGCUAACUGCAAGAAAGAGGCCAUCUUUUAUUGCUGUUGGAAUACGAGCUACUGCGACUACCCCUGCCAACAAGCUCACUGGCCCGAGCACAUGAAAUCUUGCACACAGUCAGCUACUGCAACGCAGCAAGAAACAGAUACUGAAAUUAGCACAGAAACGUUAAAUAAAUCAUCUCAGCCCAGUUCAAGUGUGCAGCCUACACCCACAGAAACAGCCAGCACCCCUAAGGAGAAGGAAGGUUCAGCUGAUAAAAGCAAAGAGAGUGUUACAGACCCAUCAGUGUAGCUUCUGGUCUGGAUCUUUCGAUACAAGUUGCCUUCUGAUAAGCAAUACUGACUGCAGCACUUCCAAGCCCUUCUUGCCUGGGGGUUCAGAGGCCAAGCUCAAGACCUGCAUUCAAAUCAACUUCCUUUAUCACAACAGACUGCCACUAGGGUACCACCAUGUUCCAUACACUGAUACAGCAAUUCAUCUGGAUCUACAGCUAACGGAGCAGUGUGCAGUUACGAAAUCCUCCAUAGCAUCUACUCUGAUAGUGUUCAGUAGGCAAGGAUGAGCAAAUGCUCUAAUAAAAGGGACUUAACAUUGCAUAUAUAGAAAAUGUUUAUAGAGAAGAUUCUGCUUUAUAGGUAGGGCUUGACUAUUAGCAAUUACAGCAUUGUUUUUCUUCUGCCCUUGCAAGAUUUAUUAAAUGAAAAAUUUUAGGGGGGGGGCCUGAUCCUUCAAACCCUUACACGUGAUCCCCCACAUCAGUAGGAGCCUUGUUGUAUUUUAAAAUAUUAAAAGCAAACUAAUUUUGUAGUAUUGUGAUUCCAGCAUGAUGUCUCAUUGAGAUAGUCCUAUAGAAUUGGGAAGCAUAGUAAUCUAGAGAGCUGUGUUCAUUUCUUGACACUUUUGCUACUGUCUGGUGUUAGAUCUCUGGGCUUGACGUGUCAUCUAAGGGAGUAGCUUGGGAAACAGAUCUGAAGAGGGGACAAGGAUGUGCUGUUCCACUGGAGUGCUUCGGUGUAGUUAAACUCUGGCUCAGUCUGUGUUCAUAUGCAUUGUCUGUGGCAGCACAACCUUUGUAUUACUGGGGAAAUAAGGAAUGGGAGAAAAUCCGUUACCUAAAACUUUUGCCAGGGAAUAUUCCAGUCAUACAGAUCUGGAAUUGCUUUCACAUAGAUGUUCUACCUGAAACAUCAUGCUGUAUGUGUUGAUCAUGUUCAUAAUUUGAAUUUUUGUUUUAUUAACAAAGAAGUAACCUGUGAAUUCAUUAAGACGCAAAAUUUUAACACAAACAAAACAUCCAACAUCAAUUUCAUAUUGCAAUAAUAAUAAUAAUAACAACUAGGUGGAAUUUAUGUAAAAGCUGAGACUUCUACUGAGGUUGCCUGUGCUGUCUCUGCAGAUAGCAACAGGUGUGACAAGCAACCAGCCUAUAAAACUGGUCCAGGUACCGCAGACCACCACCUAUAUUCCACCCACUCAACCCACAAUUGUAAGUACAACAUCAUCAUUUAAAGUCUGCAGUAGUGCUGUUCCUGGCAGUGAAAUUGCUCAGUAUUUCUGGGGGGUUGUCUCCGUCUGCUGUUCUAUCAAGAUAUGAAUUCACUGGUAUAGUCUCAACUUGCAGUGCAAAAUGUCUUAUUUUGCUGUGCAACAUUCCACCCUCUCAUUUCAUCAGUCGUUGUUACAAGGAUUCAGAGAUGGUCACCGAGUACAUUAGUUACUUGUCCGUUUCGUGUAUAUACUUGACCACACCAUCAGUGUAAAUAUAUAGAAUUCAUUUAAAAUAUCUUUAAAAUAUCUUUUUUGUCUAUGGUAUACUAAAGAUAUUUAAUUAAUUCUGAGCUAUGCUUGAUAUUCCUGUGACAUCUCAGUAAUUAUGAAGGAAAAUAUGCAUUCAUCAGCAGUGUAUCUCCCAUGCAGUCUUGCACAUUUGCGUUAUGAAAUUAUGAGAGAGAGCAUUGGAAUCAGACCUGGUUUUUUCCAUUAAAGACUUAAUCAAGGACACUUGAAUUCCCUAGAGUCAGUCACAGGAGAGGGGACAGAAGUGAGUUCCAUUUUUGUAUUUUAUGCAGCAUAAUAUCCCAUUCUCGCAGCGGGUUGUGUUCUGCAGUGCUGAGCUGAUUCUUCUCACCAAAAAGAAAGGUGCUGACCCCCUGCUGGCUCAGUGGUGGGUUCAACUGCAAAGCCCAUACGUGUGUAACUUCAGUCCAUUUUCUGUCUGAAGUUAGAUAAUUGGUAACAGUAACCAUGUACUAAUUUGCCAGUGUACUUCGGUCGCACUGAUUGUGAGGCCCCGCACCCCCCCCCGGCGGCAGGGUGUGUGUCUGUGUGUGUGAUGGCUGUGAAUACACACCCGCAGUGUGUCACAGCCACUCUCGUCCACACAAACCUUUCUGCUCUUAGUGGGGAUCAUGACUUUUCACAUUCCCAGCGGUGUUUUGGCUCAGCUGAGAGCACUGUGCACCUUCACAGCGUUGGCCCCGAGUUGCUUGGACUGAAUUACCGUAACAGCAAGGUUUUCUAUGUGUUUUAAAAUCAAUUAGCAAACAACAAAGACGUUAGGUCAUUUGUGAAUAGCUGAGAGGUUGUAAGAUCAUAAGGUGGUUUUGUGUAAUAUUCAGAAAAAUGGCAGUUACCUUCAUCGGAUUUCUGUAAUACAAAGUGUAUUGAGUUAAUGUAAAGCAUCAUUGGAACGUCUGAAAGGUUUCAGCCUUUAUUUGUGCAUGUUUAAAACUUUGUACACAUUUGCAUUAGUCUUGCACAGCUACAGACACCUCUGUAUUCUAAUGACUGCACGUGCAAUUUAACUGAUUUUAAACCUUAGUGCAUGUUUAAUAUGUAUGCAAAAUGUACAUAUGUGUAAAACUGGCAGAGGUGGAAAAUUUACCUCUCAGGGAAUGAUCUUAACACAUUUUAAGGAGUCUCACACAUUCCAUAUCCUGAUUCACUAUAAGAACUGAAACUUAAUUUUUUCAUGUGUGUAAGUGUGUAUAUUUAAAAGUCGACUGUGGCAACCUUGAUUUCCCCACCUGUAGUGCUACCCGUGAUUUACAGAACGGCUUCUUUAGGGUUCAGUUUGCACUUUGUUUCCAACUAGGAAUUUCUUCCUCUGAACAACUUCCAGCGUAUCUUCUGGGUACCGUUUCCAUGGAACCCUCUGUACGCACCUGAAAUCAUUACAAAAUGGCAGCAAUCUUGAAUUUAUUUAGCAGAUUAAUUCCGUGUUUGGUUGUUAUUCUUUCUGCAGUUAAAAUAACGUACAAACAGGAAUUCGGUGUCUCUGCAUCCCAGGGAAUGGGAUGAGUAGGCUUCUGGAAGGCACAGGCUGUAGGCUGUGCUCCCUCCCAGCAGGGACACUGCCAUCUCUUGAAUCCCAGUAAGGCACUAAUGGUUCCUUAAAGCAGUGUGGGGAAACACUGGGCUUCAGUGAACUUGUAUUUCUUUUUCCGUGUUCUCUGGGGAAUGUCCCAGUACCACGGGGGGAAGAUCCGUGCAUCCCUUUCAGAUUCCUCAAAAUCUCACCUCCUGCUUCUGCCACAAAGCGCUGGGAGCCGAGGGGGAUGCAGGGGUUUGGGGGCCGGUCGUGCAGCACUGGAAUUGUAUCAAAACACAGUCUGUAAUGGCAUCGACAUUGCUAGACUUUCUCAUGGUGUUGGAGGAAGGUUAAGACACAGACUUCAGAUUCAAUAAAUCCUUUUCCAGAUCUUCCAGAGAGAUGUGACCGUGACCAGAUUGUUUAACAUUCUCGUGCCUUUGUCUCUGCAUCUGUAGAAUCACUGACCACCUCUAGAGAUGUCCCGAAACGUCCUUUGUCCAGAUUUAUAAAUCAUGAUCUGUAUGAUGGAAGUGAAAAGUUUAUUCUAUAUUAAUAUUUUUACAGGGUGUAUAAGACAGUUCCCAGUAAUGCUGAUGUUUUUGUUAUUGAUUUGUGCAAAAGUUUAACUUAAGUACUUUUUUUUUGUUCAAAUGGAUGUUCUUUGUUCUCUUCUGUGUGGACUGGAUGCAUGGGGGAGGGAGUUCCUUUGGGGAAAAAACUUUAAGUAACGUGUAACAAGAAUAUACUUAUAAACAAGGGUAUUUUUGUACUCCAGUUUGAUUUGUCAAAACUUUUUGAAAUGGCAAAGGAUUUUCUUAGCCCUUUUUCCUCUUCCCAUGUAUUAAUUUGGGGAAAAUACAUAACUGGACGUAGCUAUGAAAACCUGACUCUCCAAGCACAGACAGUGUGUACAGUACCUGUAGGAACCACCUGUCCCUCUAAUUACCUAGCAGUAAUAACGAUACAGAAACUCUUGGCUCUAGGAAAGUAAUACACUACUUUCUACCCCGGAAUGAGGUAAUAGUGCGGUAAUAAAGGUAUUAAUUCUUGGAACAAAAUUGGAACUUGUUCUGGAUUUUCCCUGGAAAAGAAAUCUCUAUUUCUGUGGUCAUGUUUAUGUGACCUUUAACAUAACAAUAUGUUUCUCUUGGUUUUAAUCCACAGACCAUUCCUGUGGUGGUAAGUCCUUCUGCUGGGACAGUGGCAAUGAGAACUGGAGUUCAGUAUGUUCAGACCACAAUGCCAGUCCAAGUACGAAGAGUCUAACUGCUAACAAGAAGUCCAUACACUUGUUGGAAUAAAUAAAUCUAAUAGAAAUGUGAAAAAUAAACAGUUCUUUGGAUUAACCUCAAAGGUUCAGACUUUAGCUUUGUAUAUGUGUACAAAGCAUUAACUACACUACAUUAAUGUAAAGCAUUAGCGCUGGCUUAGAAAAGCUGAGGACAGGUAAGAUCCAUAUUAAAUCUAUGCUUCUUUUGUAAAUAAUGUACAAUUUGUGGAUGUCAUUAAAGUUAGAGUACCAUCUCCUUUUUAUAUUUGUAUUGACUUUAACUUAUAAAGAGCGUUUGAAGUUGGAAAAGGAAGGUUUAAAACGGCCUUAUCACGAGCUAACACUGAAAACUGGUCUUGGGAAACGGCAGUUACGCGUCAAAUGAUAGAAUCAUGAGAAUCUGAACAACCUGGUUUGCAUUUGGGUUGAAAACAAUUCCUGCACUUUGAAACUCUUGUAGAAUUUCUUUGAGCAACCAAAUGAUGAAGGGUAUCUUUUUCGGUCAAUUGUAUUCGGCUAAUUCUGGCAUUUCCAAUCUGUGGACCUGAAAUCCAUAAAGAUUUACAUUGUUUUUUACAAUGACCAGACUGUUAAAAUUUAUAUUGUUUACAGGUUACAAUUAAGUUAAAAUUUCCUUCAGUCUAAUAUCAGGAAAGUUGGAAAGUGUAACACCAGCUGCUUGUAGCGCGGUCUCUGAUCAUUGAUGUCAAAGAUAGAGAAAAGUUUUUCCUAUGCUUCACAGUUCAGUUUUCUUUCUUUUAAAAUCCUCCAAAAAGGACUUUGAAAAGCUUUUUUGAAUGGAACAAGAACUAGGUGCAGAGAAAAACACGGAAACGUGGGCAAAGGACUUUGGAUGCUGGGCCAGAGCAUGUAUUAUUUAUAUGAUGGAUUUUCUGUUUUUAUGUAAGCAUGAAGCAGUACAGUAUGAGAGAGAGUAACCCCUGGAAACGCCGUCUGUUACACUUAUACUGUAGUUCCAUUUUGUAUGUUGUGUAAAACGAAAGCAUUGAACAAAGCAAAGGUGAUGUAUGUAUAUGAGAAAAUUAAUUGUAUGAUAUCAUUCCAGUACAUUCUGUUGUACAUUUUAGUCAUGUUGAUUUCUCCCAUUGUUUAUAAAAGGAUGCGGUUUGUACAGUCUCCAGCUAGUACCCACAUUAGAGGGGAAAAAUGUAUUAGAAGAAAAAAAAAGCGAGAACAGAAUAUUCGUGAAUUGCAGUUGUGUCCAAAAUAGCCUAGCUGGCCUUAUUUGUGAAGCAUAAUUGCUUUUAGCAUAUGGAAGUAUUUUUUCACAUUUUCUUUGUAUAAAAUUUGUAUUAAACUUAAAUAUCUUUUUUGACAA